AACUCCCCUCUUCCUUCCUUUACCCUAUUUCCCUCAUCCCCAAGACCUCUUUUCAAUUUCCUUACUUCCUCCGCCGCCGUCUCUCUGCCGAAAAGGGGUUUUUCCGGACCUCAUUCCGAUUGAUUUUCCCUUCUGCUGCUCUCCGUCUUCACUGCUUUAGUUCCUUUAGCGAGGGGUUUUUCUGUCGCCGACUCAGAUCUCUAUAAUAUAAAAAAUCCGAGUUGGCGGUGGUUCGAUGGAGAAUGAGCUGGUGGAAUUGUUUGAAGCGGCGAAGAAGGCUGCAGAUGCCGCUGCAGCACCAUCAAAUGAUGGGGGAGCCGAAGAAAGUCGUUGCCUUGAUGCCCUAAGGCAGCUCAAGAAAUUCCCUGUUACUUAUCAAAUCCUUGUUUCCACUCAGGUUGGGAAGCGUCUUCGGCACCUCACUAAACACCCCAAGAAGAAAAUACAGGAGCAUGCUUCUGACCUGAUUGAGAUGUGGAAGGAGAUAGUAAUCAAGGAGACUAAUAAGAACAAGAAAAAUGGAAAUGCCAGCAGUAAAGAUUCACCUAAAAUUGGUUCUCCCAGUGCAGAAUCAGUUAAGGUGGAGAAGUUUCAAAAAUCAUCUUCCAUGAAGGUUGAGAGAGUUUCCAAGGUUGAGCAAUUUGAUAGGAAUGGUGCCACAAGCUCUGUAAAAUAUUCCAAAUCAGAAAGCGUGGUCUCGGAGAGAAACUCUGUGAAGGUUGAGAAAACUGAUUCAAUGGUCAAGGUUGAAAGGGUAGUUAAAGAAGAGAAGAAACCAUCCAGUGGCGCAGCUGCACCUCCAAAACUUACUUCCAUGAUUAAAUCAAAAGAUGCUGCUCGAGACAAAAUUAGAGAACUUCUCUUUGAGGCUUUCUCCAAAGUCCCUGGUGAAGCUGAUGAAGAAUUUAUGGAUGAGGUUAAUGCAAGUGAUCCUAUCCGUGUUGCUGUUUCUGUAGAAUCCGUGAUGUUCGAAAAUUGGGGAGGUUCUACUGGUGCACAGAAGGCCAAGUAUAGAUCUAUAAUGUUUAACCUCAAGGAUCCAAAGAACCCAGACUUUCGAAGAAAAGUUCUUCUAGGACUUAUAAAGCCAGAAAGGAUGAUCAAUAUGAGCACAGCCGAUAUGGCAAGCGAUCAGAGAAAACGUGAAAAUGAAGAGAUUGCACAGAAAGCUUUGUUUGAUUGCGAGCGUGGAGGAGCACCAAAAGCUACUACCGAUCAGUUCAAGUGUGGUCGAUGUGGUCAGCGCAAAACAACCUACUAUCAAUUACAGACGCGGAGUGCGGAUGAACCUAUGACGACGUUUGUAACUUGUGUAAACUGCAAUAACCAUUGGAAGUUCUGCUGAGUCUAUUUUGAGAUGCUGAAAAUGUUAUUGUUUGGAACAAUCUACUGAGCAAUUAGUGUUAUUUUGCCCUGACAUUGGUUGCUGCAGUUUGUAAUCUCGUUCCACAUUGUUACAUUUAGAACGUAGGAGCUUUUCUGUUGUAGGAUGUCUUAAGUGCCAAUUUAUUAAGAAAUUCAGUGUAUAAACUUGUUUUAUUUUUAUUUUCUUUGGUAUUUUUAUGAGUUUCAUACAGUUACAAGGAUCUCUUUAACUCAA